AUGUCGCGAAAAGAAGACGACGAGGUGGAGGCACUCACGGCGUUCAUGCCUUGGCUGAAGCGGGAGGAAGCCUUAGAGCUGUUAAAAAACUACGGUGGGGACGCGGAGAGUGUCAUGCGUGUCCUCGAAGAGACGGCCGCCAGCCACUGGGCGUCGGUUGAGGGGCAGCGAACAGGGGCGGACGACGCGGCUGGCAAGAAGGUGGAAAAACAUUUUGUUGGUGGCGGCCCGUCCUCCGGGCAGGUGGUACUUGGCGGUGAUGGCGCGGUAGAGAACGUCAUCGAGUCGCUGUUUAACAAGGUCCGUCAGGGGAAGGGCGACGAGGAAGUUGAGGAGGCUCAGUUCUUCUUUGGCCGUGGACGACGUCUUGGGCACACAGCAUCAGCAAGCCCAUUUAUUGAGCCCACGCUGCGGCAGCGACGCGACAUUGUGGUCACGGUGUACCGUGACUGCUAUCGCGUUGACGAUGGGCCGCGAAUGCAGAAGGCAAGCUCCGAAGGCAUGGCCUUCUUUCAGGCGCUGGAAGCGGGCGUAGUGCCGGAAAGCAUUGCGGCAAUAUACCCCAACACAAACAUCUCCGUGCGACUGGUUGACUGCACCCAACACGACGCCCCGUCGUCCUUCUCGGCCUUUGCCGGGGAGGGUCGCAGGCUGGAUGCCAAGGAGGCAACAGCCGUGGCAGCCCCACCCUCCGUGGCGCAGACUGGGGGCUGUGCCACCCCUGUUGCGAUGAGCGACAGCUUUGAGCUUCACGAGGACGAGGAAACGACAAAGCUGGCAAUUGUGAAUCUCCUCGGGGAACGCAAGGAGUUCAGGGUCAACCCUCAGCGACACACCGUCAGGGAUGUUUUCUUUUUGGCGGCGCGGCACGCCCAGCCGGACGCGUUGUCGUUUCAGCUCAUUGCCCGUGACGUUCCCCCGCGCCCCUUGGCGGAUGGAUCUCUCACGAUUGACGCCGCCAAGCUGCGGAAUGCCACUGUGAUGAUGCGCCGACUCUGA